AUGAUAUUUUUUCAAAGAUCAAAAUGUUGUGUAUGCGGAAAAGAUCUAUAAGCAUUGUAAGAUUAUAUAAUAUUUAUCAAGAAAGUUAAGAAAAAGCUAUAGAUGUAAAAUGUGUCACCAAGAUGUUUGUAUAAAUUGUAGUGAUAAUCGUGUUAAAGUAUACAUAACUUGAAUAUUAGUUAUAUGCCAAACCAAAUGAUUUUGUUAAAGAUUUCAAUUUACUAUAACGUGUUUGUGAUAACUGUUAUAGAGAUUAUUCAUAUUAUCAAAAAUAAAUUUAAGAAUACGGUCUCAAAUGGAAUACUAGAUCUUUGCUUCAAUCAAAAUGGAUUGGAAAAUAAGAAAGGAAAAUCAAGAUGUAAAUAUCUAUUUCCGAAAGCGAUAAAGAAAUAAUUGAUAAAGAUGUUAUAACAGGAAGAUCUGAGGCAUUUUUAUUUAAUUAUAGUUUAAGAGAGUUUAUCACUUAAUGUUAAGAAGGUUAUGAUCAAUCAUAUAUAAGAGAAUCUAUAGUUAAAGUAUUAUAACUAUUUGUUACUCAUUAUCCCAUUAUUGGAUAUUGUUAAGGAAUGAAUUACAUUGCUACAAUAUUAUUAUGUGUUUCAGAUGAAGAAGGAGCAUUUCAUAUUAUGAAUCAUAUUUUCAAAUCUAUAAUACCUCCAAGAUUUUAUUCUAAUUCUUAAGGAGCAACAUUGAUUGGUUAUUAAGCAGAACUUUAUUUUUUAAAAACAUUGUUAAAAAGUUUGAACUUAUAAAAUUUUGAUCAACUGAGUAAUUUUCUAGAUGUCUCAGGACCUCAAAUGUUGUUAACUUUAAUGUUAUAAGUAGUAAAUACAAGUUCCUUAUUUAUUAUUUGGGGAGAGAUGUUUAAAAAGAACUCCUUUAUUCCAAUUGAUUAAGCAAUCAUUCUUACUUUAGUUUAAGCAUCUAAAACUUUUGAUCUGACUAAAUAAGGAAUUAUUGAGGAAAUUGGAAAAAGUAUUUAUUAUUAUUUAUAUUAUAUAUGUAGAUAUUAAAUAUAGUGAUUUAUCUUAAUUAUUCAAUAAAGAGAGUGCUUAUUUUACAUAAUUUGAAAGAUAAGUAUAGAUUGAAUAAUAUUAUUCAUAAACAAGUAGAUCAUGGGUUAAUAAUGAAAAAUUAAUACUUUUUAGACUUAAGAAAAUUACAAAUUUUGAUACUGAAGAAAUCCUAUAAAUUUAGAAUGAAUUUAAAAAGUAUUGUAUGGAAUCUAGGAGUGUAUCUAUAAAUAGAUAAGAAAGAUAAAGUAUUAAAUAAUCUGCUUAAUUAACUGAUUCUUCAGAUGAUGAUAGUGAUUAUCUAUAAAGUUUGUAAAUAUAAUAAGUGAAGUUAUAAAAGUAUGGUAUUAAUAAGGAAGCAUUUCUUGAUCUUAUGGUAUUAUAAUCUAAUUAUAUAGAUUUUAUUAGGAAUAGUUUCAUUAGCAUUACACAAAGUAUCAAAUAUUAGAUAGACAUAAAUAUGAAUUAGUUUUUAACUUAUUUGAUGAAAAUAAAACAGAAUUAUUAGAUUUUAGAGAAUUUUUGAUUUGUUUAAGUAUCUUAUUAAGAGGAUCUUUUGAAUAAAAAUUGAAGAUGUUUUUUACUGCACAUACUGGAUCCAGUUUGAGAGAUCAAGAAUUUUAGACUUUAUUAUCAAUUAUUAUUCCAUAAGAAUUACAAUAAUAAUAAGAAUAUUAAACAUUUUUGAAUAGAAUAUAUAAACACUAAUAUACCUAUUAAGAUAUGUUAUAAGUGUCUUAAGAUCCCUUUGUUUCAGAGAAUGAAUAUAAAAGAGAAAGAAGUCAAACAUCAAUUUUCAUAGCAUAGUCAUUAAAUCAUAUAAAAAACAAUUGA